AUGUCAUCACCAUGGUCAGCCGCCGCCGCCAGGGCCGUACGCCAAACACCUCGGCUGCUCAGGUCGUCAUCGUGCAGAGCUCGACGCACUCAACAAGCGCGAUGGAUCACCACCACGCCAUCCCGCCGCUCGGCACCGGCAGCUGGACCAGCGGCAGCAGAUAGCACCUCCUCCUCCUUCUCCUCCUCCUCCUCCUCCUCUUCCUCCUCCUCGUCAGUAAACCCGGACCAGAUCAACCACUUCAACACCCUCGCCGCGACCUGGUGGGACCCCUACGGCUCCUCCCGCGUCCUGCACCUCAUGAACCCGCUGCGCCACGACUUCAUCCGCGACUGCCACGCCUCCCAGCCCGACCCCCUGCCCGCGGGCGCCAAGCUGCGCUACCUCGACAUCGGCUGCGGCGGCGGCAUCUUCGCCGAGAGCGCCGCCCGCAUGCCGUCCGCCGCCUCCGUCACCGCCAUCGACCCCUCGCCCGAGGUCCUCGCCGUCGCCCGCCGCCACGCCCGCCGCGACCCGGCCCUCGCGGCCCCGAAGCUGACCUACCUGCACGCCUCGGUCGAGUCGCUGCCCGCCGCGCAGCAGCAGCAGCAGCAGUCCUACGACGUCGUCUCCCUCUUCGAGGUCGUCGAGCACGUCACGGACCCGGCCGCCUUCCUCGAGCGCUGCGGCGCCUUCGUGAGGCCCGGCGGCUGGCUCGUCAUGAGCACCAUCGCGCGCACCUGGGUGAGCUGGUUCACGACCAACUUCCUGGCCGAGGACGUCCUGCGCAUGGUGCCCAAGGGCACGCACGACUGGCGCCAGUACAUCAACGACGACGAGCUGCGGGCCCACUUUGCGAAGCCGGGGUGGAACAGCCCGCGCUGCAUGGGCGUCGUCUACGUGCCGGGCCUGGGCUGGAAGGUCGUCGGCGGCAGCGAGAAGGUGGGCAAUUACUUCUUCGCCGUGAGGAAGGAUUGA